UGUGCCAGGAUGGAGAAGAUGAGCGAGGAGAAUAGAAAAGAGGUGGAAAUGCUGGAGGCUCAGAUCCAUGGUCUCCAAGCUGAAGUUGUAGCUUUGAAGUGCCAACAGCAGGACAACCACAUGGACAUUUACUUCAAAGGACAAAUGCAGGAUGCCCUGUCGUAUAUGUGUGGACAGAAACACGUAGGAGGGAAGGAGAAGCUGAUGUCUAAGCUGAAGGAGGAGUUGGAGGAGCUGGAAGAUGAUCUGAAGCGGCAGACACAGAUGAAUGGCAUCUAUCUGAGCAGCUGCACCAGAAAGACUCUGCAAAGCAGUGACAGUAAGAUGGUCCAGCAGGUCUGUGUAUCAGGUCACUGCUCUGAACUGGUCUUCCAGGUGGAGUUCCAGCUCUCUGAGGCCAAGGAGGGUCAGAGAUCUGAGAGGACAAUCAGUGAUCUGAAUGUGGUGAUUGAUGCCAUUGACCUGCAGAACUUCAGCAGCUUCCUCUCUGGGGUGGAAGAAAGCAGGGAUCUUUUGCUGUUCUUCAGGACUCUAAGGACCUACGCAGACAGAUUUGAUGACCGGUGCAGAACCUUCCAGCACUUCCAGGAGAAGUAUCCGUCCAUCGUCUCUCUUCCUGGAGGCUGCAGGUCAGAGGUCAUGACCCUGAAUCAUCCCGAGCUUCCAGGCUGCGUCCUGUUCGUUCACUGGUCAGUUGAAGUUUCCAGAGAAGGUGGAGUCGCUCCGAAAAUCAACCUGCUGACAAAGAUCCCAGAGAGAGCACUGCAGUUGUUCCCCUCUCAGGCUGUAGGCGGUGCUGCUGAGGCCUUUCACAGCCUGCUGAGGAUUCUGGGACCUGAAGCUGCCAUCGAGUCUGUGAUCAGGGCGGUCAGCCUCUCACAGGACACAUAACUGACGUUUACGAGUUAUACGAAGUUAAUGGAUUAGCAGCACAUAAGGGCUUUAUUUUUGAUAUUUUCUGAAUAUUUGCAUAAUUUUUUACUUUAGACGUGCAAAUAAAGUAAACACACAGACGAGUAAACACA